AUGUCUAUUUUUGAGUUUGAAGAAAAUAUCCCCAUCCACGCGGAAACGCCAUCAUGGGGCGCCGAAACCACCGGCAAUAAGUCGUCAGUUGAGAAGGUCGGAUUUCAAGUCGUGAUUUCAGCAUCCCAAGAGAGAAAGGAGAGCAAGACGCAGUCAGGACUUGCACAAACAAAGAAUCUAAGCGAGUCUUUUAGCUGUAUAGAUCCGAAAAAUGAGGAAUUACUAUGUCGCCAGGACCAGACCCCAAAUAUUUCGUUUGAUGAUACCGCCGACCAUCCAGCUGGCGGUUCCGAACAAGAAGUAGUGAAUGAGAUAGCUGAGUAUAAAGACCAUGAUAUGGUGAGCGAUGUGAAUACAGACUUAAUGGCCUUGGAAUCUCAAAAGUUGAGCCACGAUUUAGCAAUGUUGGCACUCGACAGUGCUGAAUUUAAGAUAAAAACGCUCAUUGGUAGCGUCCUAAGCUCCGAGGUUCCAGUGAAUUUAGAAAACAUUGAGAAGACUGAAGCACUAAACGAGCGAAUUUACGGAAGAUACCAGACUCAUGACUCCUUCGAUUCGGCAACCCUACAGACAGCAGCCUUUAAUCCAAGACCAAUUGGCGCAAGUUCAGACAACAUGAUGCUUUACACGAAGCCCCCUACAGGCCAGCAUUAUCCUCCAUACUCACCUCCUGGUAGCUUUCCAUUGCCUUUUUUUACGAGAAGACAUCACUAUAUUGCAUUUGUCGGUCAUUGCACACCCAACUGUCCCUCUACCUGGCAUUUGCAGGCCGACAAAACCGUCUACUCAACCCUGUCUUUACUUGAUUCAAUUAACCUUAGUCGGAAAAUGCUUGGAUCCUAUACUGAGGCUCUGGAGAAUGAAACAGUGGCUGGGGAAGAUAAUAACAUCGAAAGUGUUAUUGAGCAAAUUAAACAAAUGAUGAAGUCCCCGACUUUCAACCGGUCGAAUCUCAGAACUUUGGAAAAAUUCAUAUCGGAAGCAGCGAAGUCAAGUGAACAGUGA